GCAUAGAUUUAUAGAUUAACCAAGAGAUUAUAAACCACUAUCAAAUUUGGAAGCAUAGUUUUUCGAUUAUUUCGGUGGCAAAUAGGUUGUUUUUCAUACUGUUUCAAAUGAGUGCAAUUCGCUAUCUAUUUAAUAAAAAAUAGGCCUUUACAUGUUUUUCUAUUGUUAGGUAUAUUAGUACUGUUGUCACUUGUCGCAAACAAAAUCUUGUCAAAAUGGCUAAUGUAUCCUAUCAAAUCGCAAAUCUUCUCGAGAAGAUGACAUCCAACGACAAAGACUUCAGGUUUAUGGCUACAAACGAUCUGAUGACUGAGUUACAAAAAGAUAGCAUAAAGCUUGACGAUGACUCUGAAAGAAAAGUCGUAAAAAUGCUUCUGCGUUUGCUUGAGGAUAAGAACGGAGAAGUGCAAAAUUUAGCUGUGAAGUGUCUUGGUCCAUUGGUGAACAAAGUUAAGGAGUAUCAAGUAGAAGGCAUAGUUGAGACUCUAUGCGUUAACAUGCUUUCUGACACUGAACAACUGAGGGACAUAAGUAGCAUUGGCUUAAAGACUGUUAUCUCUGAACUACCUUUGGGCUCAAACACACUUGCUGCAAAUGUGUGUAAAAAAAUCACUGGAAGAUUAAGUAGUGCUAUUGAGAAGCAAGAAGAUGUGUCUGUUCAACUAGAGGCAUUGGAUAUAUUAGCAGACCUUCUCAGCAGAUUUGGUGGAUUACUGAUAUCAUUCCACCCAAUGUUAUUAAAUUCUUUACUUCCUCAACUAGCUUCUCCACGACAAGCUGUACGAAAACGUACAAUAGUGGCAUUGUCACACCUGGUGAUGUCCUGUAAUGCGUCUCUGUACAACAAACUCAUUGAUCACCUGCUGGAGGGGCUCAGCACAUCAACAUCGUCCAGUGUCAGUCGUACACACAUUCAAUGUAUUGCAUCUGUUUGUCGUCAAGCUGGGCACAGGUUUGGAGUUCAGUUGUGGAGAGUGGCGCCGCAAGUUCUGAAGCACUCGACGGAUGCGGACGAGGAGCUGCGUGAACACUGUUUGCAGGCACUGGAGGCAAUCGUGCUCAAGUGUCCCAAAGAAGUUCAACCUCAUAUUCCAACCAUUAUUGAGCUAUGUCUGAAAAUGAUCACGUAUGAUCCGAACUACAACUAUGAGGAUGACGAGGAGGGCGGAGGCGAGGAUGAAGAGAUGGAGGAUGAAUCUUUUGAGCCCGACGCGUACCCCGAGUCCGACUCGGAGGAAUACUCAGAUGAUGACGACAUGUCAUGGAAGGUAAGGCGAGCGGCAGCUAAGUGCCUGGAAUCGGUUAUAUCAACUCGUCACGAACUGCUAGCAGAAAUGUAUCAAACUGUCUCACCCGCUUUAAUUGCUCGAUUUAAAGAGCGUGAGGAGAACGUGAAAUGCGAUAUCCUGAGUGCCUACACAGCGCUGCUGCGUGCGACGCGGCCGCCGCCCGCCCUGCAGGCGAACAUCGCGCCCAGCGAAAACUCGCCGCAGGCUUUGUUGCUGCAGCGGGUGCCCGGACUGGUGCGCGGCGCUCUGCGCGUGAUCCGCGGUCGCAGCGUGCGUGCGCGCGCCGGCGCGCUGGCGCUGCUACGCGAGCUGCUGGCGGCCGCGCCCGGCUGCUUGGCUGACCACGCCGCACGCGUCAUCCGCGCGCUCACUCCGCCCUUGACCGAUAAAGGCACGGCUUCGUCGAUGAAGAUUGAGACACUGGUGUUCGUGGUGUGGCUGGUGCGCGGCCACAGCGCGGACGCGAUGCGGCCGCACGUGGCGGCGCUGCUGCCCGCCGUGCUCGCGUGCGUGCAGGACUCGUUCUACAAGGUCACUGCGGAGGCUCUGCGCGUGCUGCAAACCCUCGUCAAAGUGAUGCGCCCUCUAGAGAGCAUAGAAAACAUUGACGGCGCGGUGUCGCCGCCCGCGGAGGAUCUGCAGAGUUUCGUGCCCGCCAUGUACGAGUGCACGCUGGUGCGGCUCCGAGCCACGGACAUGGACCAGGAGGUCAAGGAGCGUGCUAUUGCUGCGUGUGGACAACUCAUCUGCCACUUCGGAGACUACCUGGAGAAUGAACUUCCAGUGUGUCUACCAAUAUUUUUGGAAAGAUUACGUAAUGAAAUAACUAGGCUGACCACUGUAAAAGCCCUAACGAAAAUAGCCUCCUCUCCACUGCGUAUCGACUUGCGGCCUAUAUUGUCAGAUGUUGUUCCUAUACUUGGAUCCUUUUUGAGGAAGAACCAGAGAGCCUUGAAACUAUCUACUUUGGUGUUGUUGGAUACUCUUGUACAAAACUAUAGCAAUGCUAUAAGCAUAGAACUUUUAAGUAAGGUGCUUAUGGAGGUACCCGCGCUGGUGUGCGAGGCGGACUUGCAUUGCGCACAGACGGCGCUGGCGCUGGUGCGCGGCGCGUGCGUGCGCUGCCCCGCCGCGCUCACGCCCGACGCGCGCAACGCUCUCACCCCCAACAUACUCACGCUCGCGCGUUCGCCGCUCUUGCAAGGCGGUGCUUUAAAGGCGAUGGUCGGGGUGCUCUCGGCGUUAGUGACGGCCGACGUGGCCGGCUGCUCGCGCCGCGAGUUGCUGGCGCUUCUAGUCGCGCCCGUGCACGCCAACGCCGACCACGCGGCCACCCCGCACCACAUCAAACAGGCGUACCAUUCGUUGGCUAAAUGUGUGGCGGCGGUGGUGGUGUCGAGCGGCUCGGACGGCUCGGACGCGCUGGACAUCACGCGCGGCUUCCUGCGCGACGCGCUGCAACCGCACUCCGAUACUCAGCACAUGUUCGCGCUUCUGGCCUUGGCCGAGAUCGGCAGACAUCUAGAUUUAAGCUCCAUACCCAACUUGAAGGAGGUGCUAUUGUCGUCGUUCGCGCCGUCGUCGGAGGAGGUGAAGUCGGCGGCGAGCUACGCUCUUGGUUCCGUGGCGGUGGGCAACCUGCCCGAGUUCCUGCCCUUCAUACUCAACGAGAUCGAGGCCCAGCCCAAGCGCCAGUACCUGCUUCUACACUCACUUAGAGAGAUAAUUGCAUGUGAGUCUUGCACACCUGAGGGAGUAGAAGCUUUGAGGCCUUUCAUACCCGAGAUUUGGGUUCAGUUGUCAAAGCAUUGCCAAUGUGCGGAGGAAGGAUCUCGUAAUGUGGUUGCCGAAUGUUUAGGAAAAUUAUGUCUAUUAGAACCCAAAGACUUGUUGCCGCAUUUGAAAGAGUUCCUAAAAUCACCCGAGCCACUCACUAGAACAACUGCUGUAACAGCUGUUAAGUUCACGAUCUCAGAUCAGCCUCAAGCGAUAGACGGUAUGCUACGCGCUUGUAUGGCAGAGUUGUUGGUGCCUUUGCGCGAUACCGAGCUAGGCGUGCGACGCGUGGCGCUCGUCGCCUUCAACUCCGCGGCGCACAACAAGCCCUCGCUCGUGCGUGACCUGUUGCCGGACCUGUUGCCUACCAUCUACGCUGAGACCAAAGUCAAGAAAGAGCUUAUCCGAGAAGUAGAAAUGGGUCCAUUCAAGCACUCUGUGGAUGACGGACUGGACUUACGCAAAGCGGCGUUCGAGUGCAUGUACACUUUACUUGGCACGUGUCUGGACCGGCUCGAUGUGUUCGAGUUUUUGCGCCACGUGGAGGACGGCCUCCGCGACCACUACGACAUCAAGAUGCUCACCUAUCUGAUGUGCGCUCGACUCGCGCAACUGUGUCCUGCCGUUGUGUUACAGAGGCUGGAGAGCCUGGUGGAGCCGCUGCGCGCCACGUGCACGAUGAAGGUGAAGGCCAACUCCGUGAAGCAGGAGUACGAGAAGCAGGACGAGCUCAAGCGCUCCGCGCUGCGCGCCGCCGCCGCGCUGCUGCAGAUACCCGACGCAGAUAAAAAUCCCCACCUAAUGGACUUCGUGACGCAAAUCAAAUCGUUCCCGGACCUGCAGCCGAUCUUCGAGUCCAUCCUGAAGGACUCGACGGGCGCCGGCGUGGACUCCAACCUCAUGGACCAGAGCUAGCCGCGCCUCGCCUGUGUUGACUGAAGCUGAUCGCAGAUUAGACCACAAGCGCCGUACGCAUCGAACGCAACACAUUUUUCAAUACAGUCAAGGUGGGUACGAUGGUGCUAAUUAGGGGUCGAGUUAUAUAGAUUUCUUGAACUACUAUUGGAUAACUAGAACGUCCCAUCCCGUCCGUUUUCCGACAGUAGAGAGUCCGACUGUAACCUUACCCACCUUGACUACUGAAAAUGUAAAUGACGUAAGCAGCACCACACGUCGAUCGCAUCGGACGCGCCGAACAAAAGCAGUUGUCGUUUGCUACAACGUUCGCAGUUCUAUACGCAAGGAAGUACUGAUGACGUCAUUAGCAUUUUCAGGAAAGAAGUGUCUGGCCACAAAUGGAUGUUCGAUAUUAAAAAAAUAUACAGUUUUUUAUUAAAUUUUAUUUUAUUUUAUUUAUAUUUAUUCGUGAUCAAUCAAUAUGCAAAAUAAUUUUUACAAGCUCAAUGUAGGUUUUGCAUAAAGACACUAGAGAUUCCUUAAAAUAUAAAUUAAAAAAUAUUAUAUAGUAAAUAAUUACAACAGUGUGUAUAUGUGUAGAUGUUCGAGUGAGGGUGUGUUUGUGUGGGUGUGUGUUUUUGUGUGAGUGCAUGCAUUUUUAAGAAUUAUAUUUUUGUUUGUGAUGAACCAGCAUGUAUUACCUUUUUAUUACUUUAAUUUUUAAAGAUGAAAUAAAUCAAAUUAUUUAAAUAAAUUUGAAAUUUAUUUCUUAAUGUAAUCUGUUCAGGUUUAAUUUUAAACGGAACAACUUCAUUUGACGCCAAAUAUUUCUUUUAAUUA